UUACUUCAAUACCGUCAUUUUGUCCCGAUCGAGUGGCAGCUCGACGAAGAUCGAGCUGAAGGCGAGAGGAAAAUCAUGGCUGAUAUUUUUCAAGUCCAGGGAUGGAUUCUCGAUUACGCCUGCAAAUACCGAAACGAUAGGGUAAUAUCUCUAUUUUCAAAACAUAUUCCUCACACAUUCAGUGACUUUAGCGUUCCACAAGUUCGAUUAUUGGCAGCAGUGGCCUGGAGCAUUAUAAGCCGUGAGGAUGUAAAUUAUUUUGAUAAACUCAUUGGUCAUCUCCAACAUAUAUACGACACUGUGCCAGAAAUCUCUACUUUUCGGCACUUCACAAAAAUGAUUAUUGGUCUUAAGAUGAAGGUAAUGGUACAUCUCAUCGAUGAUGGUACUUGUUCUGAUGCUAUUAUCAUUGCGCGACUGAAUGAUUACUUCCCUAAAGCAGGAAUCAAACAAAAGAAGAAAUCAAGUGCAAAUACUAAAACUGAAUUUGUAAAAUUGAAUACCCAACAACAGAGCUUCAGGUUAUUCAUUGUGGAACUGUUGGCUAAUAGACGUAAACAGUUCUAUGUUAAAAGGGACCUGAAUGAGGAAUACGGAUCUGAAUUCAUGCAGUCUUUGAAAUUAUUAGUCAGACAUUUCUUGGACAAAAUGGAAAGCUUUCUUCCACAAACUGCCAUCGAUCAGUUUCUGUCCAAAGAUCCUGACUCCAGUAUUGCAGCUGAGCGGCCACUAAGUCCAACCUCUGCUGUGGACAAACUUGUAAAGCUGCUGGACUCUGGACCUCCUGGUGAGGAAAGUUUGAUGAAGUUACUCUGUCAACUUAUCAAAGAGAAAAAUAAAGAUUCUUCAGAAUCACAACUCUGCUACGAAGUAUCUAGUAAUAGUGAUGAAGAUAAUGAUGAAAGUGAUACAGGUAAAGGAAGACAUAGAAAAGAUUUGAAAACUACUGGAAAUGAUUUUGAAAGUACAACAGAUGGAAAUUCAGAAAAUGUUUUUAAGGUAUCUCAAAAAGUGUGUAAGGAUCAACAAACAGAUGCAAGCCUUAAACAGUCUCCAGCAUUGCCAAGAGAUAGUGAAAAUGUUGAGUAUUCAAGUCCACUGGCUCGACAAAAAAAUAGGAUGAUAAGAACUCGAUCUAUUGAAGUAUCUGAAAGUAGGGUUUUAAGAAAUGGUAAUGUGAUAAAUGUGGAUCUUUUUGAUACUGUUGUUUCCAAGAAAGAAGGUCAUUGCAUCAACCUUUCUUCUGUCAUUCCUACUGCUAAUGCUGAAGAAAUUAAUGAGAAUGGCAAACUCAUCAUUGAUUUAACUUUACCAGAAACUACCUCCACAAAAGUAGUUGAAUCUGAACAUCAUGCAACAAAUUAUCCGCUUGAAUCUGAUAUCUCCCAAGAGUCUUUAUGUCCAGAUAUUUUAAUAACAGAUGAUAACUCUCUGAGUUUUGUAUCUGGAAAGGAUGCUGAUGUUGAAAGUCUAGCUGAUGAUGAUGAUGAUGUUGUUAGUCCUAGGAAGAAAAGAAAGAGAUUGAGUGAUAAUGAUAGGUGCCAAAGAAGAAAGAUAAGGAAAGUUUCUUUUCAUGAUGAAAACGUCUACUAUGAUGCAACUCCCAGUAGUGAUUGUGAAAGUAAUACUAAUGCUGAACCUGGUUUGGUGCGUGCAAAAAAAUGCAAGCAUUUUAAUAUUGACUCCAGGUGUACCAGAUCAUGUACAUCUUCAUCAAAAGAAGAACAUGAAGAACAUGAAUGUGACUUUUAUUCACAAAACAAAAUUUGUCCUAUGCAGUCUUUAUUAUUAGACCCAAGUUCCAGAACUGGUGCUGUAUUAGAUACAGAAAAUAAGAGUAUGGAUACAAGUACAUCUAUUGCUCAAGAUGACUCUCAGAUUAUCUUCAAUGUUGAAGAUGAAAUUUCUUUUCGUUUUAGCCCCGCAAAAGAAAAUAGCUCUACUCAACAAGACAUGAAAAGCACUGAACAACCAUCAGUGGUUGAAAUGCAGAAACAGCAAAAAAACAUUGAUGAAGGGGAAAAUAUAAACAUUGAAGUGAAAAAGGGAAACGCAAGAAUAGUUGACCUUAUAGAUGGGGACAAUGCCGACAGUGAUUUUAAAUCGUUACCAUUUACAAGAACAAAGAGAUCCAUCUUCAUGAGAAGUAGAAGUCUUGAUGACUGGGGAAAUAAAGAUCAGUCUGCUGCUAGAAGACUUAUAACUCUGCAUGGUACCCCAACUAGGGAGCAGUUAAAUGUGAAUAAAUUCCCUGUAGUCAGUCUAGAAAAACUUCCUCCAAAGUUUGAACAUAGUGGUUGUUUUAAUUUCUGUACUUUACCCGGAGGCAAUGAACGAUACUUAUCUGAUAGUGAUAAUCCACAACCACAGUAUAGUCAAGAUUAUUGUGAAAGUAAGCUAGAUUGGUUGAGUUCAAAGGCAAGGAUGCAAAAGCGUAACGCUGCCGGUCAGUUUGUUAAAAGUGACUUGUGUCCUGUUCGUCAUCGUAUGCGUUAUUCUUUGGUCAGAAAAGAAUUGCAUUUUCCAACAUCUCCAAGAAGAGGGCACAGGUUCUUCAAGCGUGCAGCAGAAUAUAAUGAUGUGGGAAGCAGCAGUCACAUUUCAAAUCAGGAUUCAAAUAAGCAUCCAAAGAUGAGUGGUGAUUCUAUUGAAAACAUCUGCAGCCAAUCCGCUGUGAAAAUACCAUCACCUCAGUUAGCUUUAACUGCUGAGAGCUGUCAAGAAGACUUUGCUACUGAGCCUGACUUGCCCAUUGCAGCAUUAUCUAGGUAUCCUAAAGGAAUACAACGUGCUCUGAGUAGUCCUUGUCUGAUGUCAUCUUCUUGUUUAUCCCCCAAAGCUCUUUUUGGAGCAAGAUCGCCAACUAGUCCAAAGUUUUUAAAGUCACCGAAGAGUCCGAAAUCACCAAGUCUAUUAUUUGAUUUUUACCGAAAAAAAAGCUUGGAAUCUGCCAGUAAAAACCCUUAUAGCCCAACAUUUAAUAAUUCUCUUAAACCAAUGGUUUCUCAUUUCAAUGAAUCUGAGAAAAUGAAUGCAGCAUCUCUGAAUACACCCAUAUUACAGUCGCCCAAGCGGCCUUCCCUAUCUGUUGCACCUCCUGUCUCUGUACUCACAGACUCGCCAACAUCUAUAAAAAGUGUUUCAGCAUCAUCACUUUGUUCUAACAGCUCCCUGAAAAAUGUCUCUUCUGAGCCUUGUAAUAGGAAAUAUCAGCAAGUAAGCUUUAUGAACAAACUCCGGCUAACUGCAUUAUCGGUGAAGGCUAGCAAGAAAUUGAAAGUGAUACGUCAAAAGAGUGCUACUAAGAGACCAAUGCGAACCAGUACUCUCAAACAGAGAGAGUUGCAGGCACUGAAGAGUAUGAAAUUAGUACCCAAGCUUAUUUUAUCACCUCUACCACAAGAAGCCAUCAAGGGUUCUGUGCCAGUGAAAAGUGGUCAUAAUAUUCAUGUAUCACAAAUGCUGCAUCAUAAUAAAAGAGUUGUUAGUAAGCCAAAUAAUACAUCAUUGAACCAAUCCAGUUUACUGAUGGUGGACAAAUCCAGUUUAGAAGAGUCUGGUAACAGUUACAAUAGUCUAUCAUAUAGGAACAAUGAGUUACCAUCACAUACAAGUUCAUCCAGUACUCAAGAGAAUUUCCUCAGGAGUUUAUCAUCAACACUGGAUAAAAACACUAUCUUGGUGGAUAACUCUAACAAACACUCGCCUCUUACGUCAUCGCUAAGGAAGUCUCCUCUGCCAUCAAGUGCUCUGCUUCCAGAUUCACCGUGCCUGGAUGAUGAUAUAGUUCAGCUGAAUAGUUGUGUUGCAAGUGAAUUGACAAUAGACUGCAUCAAUGACAUGACUAAUGAUUACUCAUUUGUUAUUGCUGACUCUGCUAGGACAUUAUCCCCUCAGCUGUCGGUAAAGACCUUUGCUCUCUCCCCAGUUGGUUAUAAUACUUGUAACAGAAAAUAUAAAUCAUUGACUUCCAUGCAAGAAAGUUUACAACAUGAAGUUAUUAAACCCUGCCUUGUGAAGCUUGUAAAGCUAACAACCGGAGACAUCAAGAGACUACAAAAUCAGCCAAGAAGCAAAGCAUUUAAAAAAUCUAAGGAAAGCAAACUCUUGGAAAUUCUUUCUUCAUGA